CCUGGGCUCCGCCCCCUGGUUCCCGGCCGGCGGUCGAAGCCUUUGGGGGACCCAGAGCGGCUGCGGCAGCGCCCCCCUUCUCCUUCUCUUUCCACGGCUGGAGUUGUCCGGAGCCUGUCGCCGGUCCCAACCAGCCCUCAUCCCUUUCCAUCCUUCCCUCCCCCCACCCCUGCCGCGGCACGGGUAUCUGCAGCCGCAGCCCGGAGCCCUUGAGGCGGCGAAGGGGGGAGGGGAAGGAAGCGAGGGAUGAGCGCCGGGAGGGCGUCGGGGGCCCUGAGCCGGACUAGGACGCCCCUGGAACCGGAGCCGGAGCCGGAGCCGGAGCCAGAACCAAACCACCGCUGCAGCCCCCUAACUCCAGGAGCCGCCCUGGCCCGUGCUCACCCGCCAGGGCCUCAUGUCGGAACCACAGCCUGACCUGGAACCGCCCCAGCAUGGGCUGUACAUGCUCUUCCUGCUCGUGCUGGUCUUCUUCCUUAUGGGCCUUGUAGGCUUCAUGAUCUGCCACGUGCUCAAGAAGAAGGGCUACCGCUGCCGCACUUCGAGGGGCUCGGAGCCUGACGACGCCCAGCUCCAGCCCCCUGAGGACGAUGACAUGAAUGAGGACACAGUAGAGAGGAUUGUUCGCUGCAUCAUCCAAAAUGAAGCCAACGCUGAGGCCCUGAAGGAGAUGCUGGGGGACAGUGAAGGAGAAGGGACAGUGCAGCUGUCCAGCGUGGAUGCCACCUCCAGCCUGCAAGACGGAGCCCCCUCCCAUCAUCACACAGUGCACCUGGGCUCCUCAGCCCCGUGCAUCCACUGCAGCCGCAACAAGAGACCCCCACUUGUCCGUCAGGGACGCUCCAAGGAAGGAAAGAGUCGCCCCCGGCCUGGGGAGACCACCGUGUUCUCUGUGGGCAGGUUCCGGGUGACGCACAUUGAGAAGCGCUAUGGGCUGCAUGAGCAUCGUGACGGCUCUCCCACGGACAGGAGCUGGGGGUCUGGGGGGGGGCAGGACCCAGGGGGUGGCCAGGGGCCUGGGGGAGGGCAGCCCAGGACAGGGAUGCCUGCCAUCGAAAGCCUUCCCCCUGAGAGGCCGCAGCCCCCAACCCUCGCCAGCACCCCCAUGCAGAAUGGAGGACUCAGGGACAGCAGCCAAGUCCCUCGUGCACUUGAGGGGAACCCUGGAGCCUCUGCAGAGCCGAUGCCUGGGGCUGGAGGGAGGGGCCCAAGCCCAGGGCCGGCCAGAAAAGAAGCAAAUGGACAGUCAAGCAAACAGGACACCUCAGAUCACCAGCCGCCUCCUUCACUGUGCUGACGGACUACCAGCUGGCAGGCCAGGGAGUGGGUGGGCAUGAAGCCCCUCCUCUCCACUGGACAGCACUGCCCCCCAGCUGAGGGGCCCACUCUACUUCCACCUGGAGUUGCACAGUCUCAGGCUGGGGGGACCUGGGGAGAAGUCCCAUCCCUGGCCCUCAGCCUCUUCCCCUUCCCCUGCCUGCCCGCAGGCCGCCUGACCCACCUUCCCCAUCACCUCACUCCAUGUGCUACAGCGUGGCGGCUGGGAGCAGGCCCCAGCCCUUGGUGGACCCUUAAAGCAAUAGCACCUUAGGCCCUCUGUCCUCUUGGCACAAGAGGCCCAGGCCCUGGCUCGGGCUUUGUGCCCUUUAUUCACUGUCAAUAAAUCCGCUCAGACCAUUA